UUAGAAACUCAUAUUUCGAAGAAAAUUGUAAUAUUUUUGAUGAUAUUCAUUUAUUUAUUGCUAAAAUUUGUAAAGUUUUUAUGAAUUUCCGGAGUUUCUAAGCUGAAAAUAGAAUUAAUCGAAAGGAUUUUAAAGCUUAACAUUACAAAACACGCAGCACUUCAUUUUCAAUUACUGUAAAGUCCAACACUGAGUGUGAACAAAACUCGGAAAAGACAAAGCGAAAUAAUCUCUUAGCGCAGUCGUAAAGAAGAAGAGUGAAUGAAGCGGGGCUUAAAUGUUGCUCGCGGUAUGGCAGCAAUUGGUUUCCGCGAAUUUAGCUGAGAAAAAAACAAAAAAAAUCCGUUGCCAACUAAAAAAAUGUAACAUAAAAAUAUAUCAAAGAAAAAAAGUGGUGCUCUAUUCAACCUAAAAUUUUAUCCUUUAUUGGCCGUCCUUGUGAUCAUAGCAACUAAAGCAAUCAUGAAUCGAUCAGCACAUGGGAGCAUACGUUCCUCCACCUCUACUGUUUGCAGCAGUAAAUCUUUUCACAGCAAAAUGGAUAAGGUAUCGGAGAGACUGUAUGAUAUUGUAAAAAGCGGUUCAAUGGUGAAGCGAGCGCAGAACAAAAAACGCUUUACACCUGUCAACUAUAAACAACGCUGGUUCGAACUCACUAAAAAGUCAUUAUCCUAUUUCGACUUGGAGAAUGUUGAACGUCGUCGGGAGCGUGGUAGAGUUCCUGUUAAGGGGGUCCGUUUAGUGGAAACCGCUACUGUUAGUGGAGAGGGUGGCGAUCCUUUUGCACCGAGUGGCUUCCCAUUUCAAGUUGGCUAUUGUGAGUCCAACGAUCAACAGCAGUCUGGACGUUCUGUGCCGCAAUAUAUUCUAUAUUUACUAGCGAGCAGCGAAACGGAGCGUGAUGAUUGGAUACGUGCCAUAAGACAAGUUUGUGAAGAAGCAAACACACCGAAGUCAUAUCGUUAUCAUCCGGGUCUCUGGACGGGUAAACGUUGGUCCUGUUGUAAGGGCAUAAGUCGAGCAACAUUCGGCUGUCAAGCUGCAACACACUGGCAGGAGGCAAAUAAUAAUCCAAGCACGGGAAGUUCUCCUGCCCAGAAUUCAACGCGUAGCAUCAGUCCGAACAACUCGACCUCAACCAGCCAAUUUAAUUUGAAUCACAAUAGUUCCGGCAGCUUGGGAAGCUCAACACCAAUAUCUGCAUCAACACAGCCUUCGGUUACGACGUUUAAGCAAUCACCAACCAUAUUGAACAGCGGCGCUACAUUGUUGGACAACACAAUGCCAGGAGGCAUACCAACGCCGGGUACUCCAAACUCUAAGGCCAAGGAUAACUCACAUUUCGUGAAGAUUGUGGUGGCUCUUUAUCCGUUCAAGGCAAUUGAAGGUGGUGACUUAUCGUUGGAAAAGAAUGCUGAAUACGAAGUGAUUGAUGAUUCGCAAGAGCAUUGGUGGAAGGUGAAGGACGCUUUGGGUAAUGUAGGUUACAUACCCAGUAAUUACGUGAAGCCAAAAGCUUUACUGGGUUUAGAGCGCUAUGAGUGGUAUGUCGGUGAUAUGUCGCGUCAACGUGCUGAAUCUCUCCUCAAACAGGGUGACAAAGAAGGAUGUUUUGUUGUGCGUAAAUCAUCGACAAAAGGUUUAUACACGCUCUCCCUACAUACCAAAGUACCACAAUCCCAUGUGAAACAUUAUCACAUUAAACAGAAUGCGAGAGGAGAGUACUAUUUAAGUGAGAAGCAUUGCUGCGAGACCAUACCCGACCUAGUUAACUACCAUCGACAUAAUUCUGGUGGACUAGCAUGCCGUUUGAAAUCAUCGCCUUGUGAUAGACCAGUUCCACCGACAGCCGGACUGUCGCAUGAUAAAUGGGAAAUUCAUCCACACGAACUAAUAUUGAUGGAGGAGCUCGGUUCGGGUCAAUUUGGUGUGGUGCGGCGUGGCAAAUGGCGCGGUUCCAUUGAUACUGCUGUGAAAAUGAUGAAAGAGGGCACCAUGUCCGAGGAUGAUUUUAUUGAGGAAGCCAAAGUGAUGACCAAACUGCAACAUCCCAACCUGGUACAGUUAUAUGGCGUUUGCUCAAAACAUCGUCCCAUAUAUAUUGUAACCGAAUAUAUGAAACAUGGCUCGUUGUUGAACUAUUUACGCCGGCAUGAGACCACAUUGAUUGGAAAUAUGGGCUUGUUGCUGGAUAUGUGCAUACAGGUCAGCAAAGGCAUGGCUUACUUGGAACGUCAUAACUACAUUCAUCGUGAUUUAGCUGCUCGCAAUUGUCUUGUCGGUUCCGAAAAUGUGGUAAAGGUAGCAGAUUUUGGUUUGGCCCGUUACGUUUUGGACGAUCAAUAUACAAGCUCAGGCGGCACCAAGUUUCCUAUUAAGUGGGCCCCACCUGAGGUGCUGAACUACACGCGUUUUUCUUCCAAAAGUGAUGUCUGGGCCUACGGUGUACUUAUGUGGGAAGUGUUCACAUGUGGCAAAAUGCCUUACGGCCGUCUAAAGAACACCGAAGUGGUGGAACGAGUUCAACGUGGUAUUAUCUUAGAAAAACCAAAGUCAUGUGCAAAGGAAAUAUACGACGUUAUGAAAAAGUGCUGGUCUCAUGGUCCCGAAGAACGUCCCUCAUUCCGCAUCCUCAAGGAGCAACUGGCACUCGUCGCUCAAACAUUAACUGAUUAAGCUUCAACUGAGUUUUUCGACGCGGCAUUCAUUAAGAUUGCCGAAUCAUGUACUGAGUUAAUUUAUAUGAAUAUUAGCAAAGAAAUCGAUGAGUGAAAUGCAAAGAAAGAUAGAUAAAUAUCUCGUUAUAUAUACAUAUAUCAAUUUAAAACUAAAAUGAAUUACCAAGCGAAAAGACGGA